AGCCCAGCCACCCUGCCUUGCAGCCCGUCGGCUAUGGGCUGAAACCUCUACCUCCUGUGAACCCGAAGCGGCCUUUCCUCCUUCAGUUUGCGGGUGUUAGGUAUCGCGUCUCCGUGCUGAGAAAGAAGCUCGCAGAUGUGUUUAGUGGUAGUGUUUUCCUGAGGGCACUGGUGUCGCACCUUGUCUCGUGGGAGUCGAAACGUGACUCGCAGUUGUCUCUGCCAGUGUUUGCAGUUAGAUUGUAGGGAGCAGAAAUUGUGUUCCCGGUGCGUGCGAUCCCGUGGACUAUUCGGUUAUCAUCGUGCUGUCCCGUGUCUGUUGUGGCUGCAUCUUAAAGAUCCACUGUGCUGAGGACCAGCAGCUGUCCUCCUCCAGGGCAGUUUACCUUACUGUGGUUGUGGAAGCCCUCUGGCUCUUUGACACUUACUUUGGUCCCAGUUUUGGAGAUAACAGGUUCCUUGAAGUGCCCUGCAUACUGCGGUCACAGUACCCUAAGAGCCUCAGGAAUGAGGACGGGUCAGAGCCACCUGCACAAGGCCUCGCCCAUAAAACUCUCACCGUGCAGUAUUUCUGCUAGAGGUGUGGUUAAUAGCGCACCGUGGCCUCCAUGUUCCUCCUGUCUCCUCCAUCCGCGUGUCCUUUCUCCGCCGCUCCUUUCUCUCUUCUUUGGUUUCUUCUCUUUUCUUUUCUCUUUCCUUCUUUCAGAGAUCUAUAAAGGCUUAGAAGCUCUCGGGUCGUAAACCCCAGAAGGUGGCCCACUGGAGUACUCAGUGUGAGUUCUCCUUGUCCCUGAACGGUGACAGGCGUUGAGAAGCCACACGCGUGUCCCUCGUGUGCACUGGAAACGUCAUCGUGUGGCCUUGAGCACUGCUGCAGAUGGGUGAUUUACAUCGAGUCGUGUGUUUCGACCUCACGAAGGGUCACGCGUGUGGCAGUGACAGAUUUUGAAAGAGCAGCUUCUGAAGUGCUUGGCAUUUGUUAUACAGCUGGCUGGUGGGUCCUUUGAGAUGUGGGAUGAAAGUAAUAGCUUUGCAGAAUGAACAUUACAGGUCAGUCACGAGGCUCGGAGCAGGCUGGGACUCUACCCAACAGGAGUGAGGAGAGACCACCGAGCUCAGGAGAGAGGUGGACACCGAGCUCAGGAGAGAGGUGGACAACUCGCUGCCCAUUCGCGUGUACUUAAACCUGGGAAUUUUCCAAAUGGGUUUUUGGUCUCCGACCAUUCUCUCAUAAGUAUCAAGCAUUGUUUCUCUUUGUGAUUGUCACCAUGAGAGCCUGGCUGUGUUGCUGGGGGUAAAUGCACCAAAUUUUAGUACAGCUGAGACCUGGCCCGGGAAAUGUCUCCUCUCAAACUUCUGUGCUCGUUCACUGGGACACGUUACGUAUUGCUUUCCUUGUUCCGUUCCUCAGCUUCUCCUGAAUAGUUCUGUAGCUCUACCUCCUUUUGCUCCUAGUUGGUCCUCAACGGCUGUGGGUUUUAAGUCAGCUUGCUUUUUUGUUAUUAAGAAAGAAGCAUUCCUUCUCCGUCUUUUCUGGUGGACUGGAAAGUGGAAGUGCAUGAGUUCACCGUUUGAUUUUUAGUGACAAUAUUUAACCCUCAGCCUUCAUUCCGUUUGUGUCCCAGUGGAGGACAGUGUGAUCAAAAGCCUAGGUGUGCGCAGCUUCGGACCCGACGGAUGCUCUCACAGGCCACAACUCUGCCGGAAGAGUGAGUUUCACUGUGUGUCCCCCGGUCCCCGCCAUCACCUCUCGGGCCAGGCUCCUCUCUUCCCUCUUUGAACACACUUGGCACACGGUCGAGAGUCCUGCUCUAAGGUACCUAGUGCUCUGCUACGUGAGCAGCGUUCCUGUUGGUUCUCCGUCCUGUAUCUUCUCAAAGGCGAACACGAAAGCCACUUACUUCUCUCCAGGAGAGCGUGGGAGUGUAUACCACGAGUCGGUGGGUGUGUGUGCAUCACCUUGAAUGCUGUCUUGUCUCUGUGUGAUCUUCUGCCCUACCCGCCUCCCGCGCACACUGCUUGCUGGCUGUCUGGAGACCUCACGCUUUCAACUGUACUGCUUUGUUCACUGCGCCCAUUUGGGGAAUUCUCAUGUUUCUAUUUUAGAAUGUGGGUAACCAUGUAAAGUUUCUUUCCAUGUGGCAAUUUAAUGUUUAUAUAUUUCACAAUUAAUUUUAUUCUCAUAAAGAAACUUUUUUUGUAUGAGGAUCGAACUUAGAACCUUGCUUAUGCAAGGCAACUGCCACUGAGCGAAAUCCCCGGUCCCCCUCAUAAAAUCUUGCCCAAAGAAAGAUCUGCCCUUUGCUUUCGUCUUCUGAGAGGUAGACCCUGGGCUAUUAGACCAUGCCAGAGUGUCUAACCGUGUGAUUUUCUUUUUUUUUAAUUGGUACCAGGGAUCAAACUCGGGACCCCGUGCCUGUGAGGCAGGCAGUGUCACCACUGAGCUAAGUCCCCGACCCCCUCCUAAAAUCUUUAGGUGAGUUUUAACAAUAACAACGUAAAUAUCGCAGCAACCCUCAGAAUGUUUGACAACUGAGCCCUGGGCCGGAUUAAGAGUAUCGAGGUGAAACGCGAUUACACGCGUCCUCUCUCCCCCGAGGACAACCCCUGUCCUGUUUCUUGUGGCGUUUCGUAUGAAUUUACCAUAUGUAGCUGUCCCUCUGCGGUGUUGGUCUAGUGUUAUCACCUGCAGGUGUUCCGUAAAUCAGCCCUCCAGAAAUCGCACAGAAAAGCAUCACGGGAGAUGGUUUGGCCGCGGUGUGAAGAGGAGGACGUGGCUGUGGAGUGCGCCGGUUCCUCCUUCGCUUCGUCCCACGUCUCCCUGCCAGUGUGUCUCUCUUCUGCCUGUUUCCUCUCACAGGGCCGUGGAUCUUCCUUUUAUUUGGUGUUUUCUCUUCAGGUCUCCAUGCUGCACCCUCGUUCCCUAUGUGUGCAUUUCUUCCUUGGCACACGUAUUCUUCUCCUUUCGUACACUACAAACACUCUUUAAUUUUCUCAUCUGUUUUACCUUCCAUGAUUGACAUAGCUUUCACUUGGUCAUAACCCAAAGGCCGAGAAGUGAUGACGUAGGUUUUAAUAUCUCCUUCUCCUCGGAUAGCUUCGUGAAUUUCUUCUGGGGAAACACUGUUUCCAAAAGUAUUCAAGUUUAUGUUUUCGAUUUCAAGUAGUAGUGGAAUUAUUAUUGACGGCCUAUGAAGAAUGAAAUAGCUCUCUCUCCCUGCUUCCUGGAUGUCCCAGGUCGUCAUUUGUGCUGUUUAGGCCCUAAGCCCCCGAUCCUACAUCAGUGUUCUGUUCCGGCUCGAUCUAGAUCUCCCGCAUGGGUCUUUUCGAGGCUGCUGGAACUGCGGUGUGUGGCGCUGGGAUUGAUGCGCACUGUGCAGCUAGGAGUGAGGGUGUGGGUGCCCACCAGGCAGACCAGGGAAGGUAGGAGGGGCACAGGGAGCUCUUGUCACCUGCCACCACUGCUUGCUCAUUUUGUUGCCUUCUGCCGGCCGCGGCCUGUUUCUCCUCUGUGAUCCCCUCUGCCACGUCUCACUGGUGUGGAACCAACCCAUUAGGCACUGAAACCUCUUAACACCGUGAGUCAGAGUAAACCUUUCCUCCUUUCAUGUUAGCUGUUUGGUAUUUUUGUCCCAGCAAUGAGGAGAAAGUAAACAUAGCCUACUCUAGUCACUUUGACAAGUGAAUUAUCUUCUUUUUCUGUGGUCUGUUUGUCAUUAUUCCUAGUGAUGGAACACUGCCCUAAAUAGUGGAUUUUGAAAGUCUUUCUCCAGGGACAGGGAUUUAGCUCAGUAGUUCCAGCACCUGCCUCGCAAGCACAAGGACCUGAGUUCGUUCCCCGGUACCAAAGAAAUAAAUAAAAAAAAUAAAGUUGCCUCUUUGAAAGUCUUUUCUCCAUACCUUAAAGAAGUAAACAAUUAUUUUUUCACCUUUCCCUUCAUGAUUAGUGCCUGUUAAGUUUGCAAAAUAUGGGUGAUCAGAACAUUUAAUAUGUAGUUUCAUCAAAUCUAUCCCCUAAUUUCUUUCUCAUCUGCCACCUUUCAGGUUACACAGCCGUAGGGUACUAUGGCUUCCUUAAUCUAAUUUCUUUGUUCUUAGACAUUCUGCAGUAAAUAUUGUAAUUUUUCAUUAACUUUCCAAAUUAUUCAGAAAUGUUGCUUGCUGUUCAAUUAAAGCUUCGUCUGUAAGACCAGGUUGAAGUUUCAAAAUGCUGUAAGAAUAGAGAAGGAGGAGAUCAACUCUCUGAAAUUAAGUUGACACAAAGGUGUUUUCUAUAAUCUCUGAGAGUAAUUCUUCAGAUAUUUAUCUACCUUACUUUUUUCACUUGCGUACUGAUUUUAUUUUCAUCUUCUGUGAACCAUGCUUUAGUGACAGUGUACAGUGAAUCUGGGUCUAACCAGCAGGAGAAGCGGUGUUCCCAUUCCACUGUUGCUGUAGCAGUGAGUUCCAGUGUGACAUCAAAAUUGCUGUGUGACCUCUGCGUGUGGAUGGAGGAUAGAGGUUUGAUGAUCAAGACAUCAAGGAAGCAUUUGGAAAACUCAGCCUCUAUCGGCUGUGUAUGAGGAGAGAUGAGACGGUUCAUGUUGUGAAUCUCACGCUUCUUUGUGGAAACACAUGUGUGAUGAUUUAGGAGGCUGUGACCUUCGAGGAUGUGGCUGUGAACUUCACCCAGGAGGAGUGGACUUUGCUGGAUCCAUCGCAAAAGAAGCUCUACAGAGAUGUGAUGUGGGAAACCUUUAGGAACCUGGCUGCCAUAGGAAGAAGCUCAAGUGACCAGCACAUUGAAGAUGAGUACAAAACUUGCAGGAAAAGUCUAAGAAGUGGAGAGGGACAGAAAUCCUGUCAAUAUAAAUUACGGUACCAAGGUGGAGAAAUGGUGGUUCAUCUUCCAGGUACAAAUGUGUGCAUGAAACUCCUACGUAUAAAUCCAGGUGGGAGCCUCUGCCCUAGAAGGCACCUGACCGGUCCUUCCUCAGCAGAUGGGCCCGUCACAGCCAACGCUGGACUCAAAUCACCUGAGCAGCAGGGAUUUCAGGAGAGGCUGUCCAACCGUAACACACAUGGGAAAACCUGCCCGAUUCUUCAGUCCUUACAGAUACGUGUCGGGACAGCUCUUGGGGAGAAACCCCAUGAACUUAUCCCACCUGGAAACUCCUACUCUGGUUGCACUGGUGAAAGUGCCACUGAAGAGAAGCCAUUUGUACACAAGCAAGAUGCGAAAUCAUUCGUUACACCCGGCGAUGCCCAGAUCAGGGAAGGAGGUCACAGUGAAGGGAACACGUAUAGAUGUCUACCACGCGGAACAGGUCUUAAUCCUCACUGGGAUAUUCAGACACUUGAAAAACCUGAUGUUGGAGGAAAACACUACGGAAAAUCUUUCACUAAAAACACUCCAUGUAAUCACGAAAGAGCUGUCGUGGAGGAGAAACCCUAUGUAUGUAAACAAUGUGGGAAGACUUUCCGCACAUACACUCACUGUCAGAGACAUGAGCGGACUCACACUGGGGAGAAACCCUACGUGUGUGAGCAAUGUGGGAAAGCGUUCAGCAGACAAGAUAGCUGGAGACUACAUGAAAGGACGCACAGUGGUGAGAAACGUUAUGUAUGUAAGCAGUGUGGGAAAGCUUUUCACACACACAGUCAUUGUCAAACACAUGAACGGAUUCACACUGGGGAGAAACCCCAUGUAUGUAAACAGUGUGGGAAAGCUUUCAGCAGACCCAGUAAUUGUCAGAGACAUGAGCGGACUCACACUGGGGAGAAACCGUAUGUAUGUAAGCAGUGUGGGAAAGCUUUCAGUACACGUGCUGUUUGUAAAACACAUGAAUGUACUCACACUGAGAAAAAACCUUACGUAUGUAAGCAGUGUGGGAAUGUUUUCACCACACACAGUUAUUUUCAAAUACAUAAAAGGAUUCACUGUAGGGAGAAACCCUAUGUAUGUAGACAAUGUGGAAAAGCUUUCCACACGCAGAGUCAUUGUCAAAAACAUGAAUGGAUUCACGCUGGGUUGAAACCCUAUGUAUGUAAGCAGUGUGGGAAAGCAUUCAGCACACGUGCUGUUUGUCAGACACAUGAACGGAUUCACACUGGGGAGAAACCCUAUGUAUGUAAGCAAUGUGGGAAAGCUUUCAACACACACAGUAAUUGUCAAACACAUGAAAGGACACACACGGGGGAGAAACCUUAUGUAUGUAAGCAGUGUGGGAAAGCUUUCAGCAGACCUGUAAUUGUCAAACACAUGAAAGGACUCACAGUAGGGAGAAACCCUAUUUGUGUAAGCAAUGUGGGAAAGCUUUUAGCACACAUACUAUUUGUCAAAGACACGAACGGACUCACACUGGGGAGAAGCCCUACCAUUGUAAGCAAUGUGGGAAAGGUUUCCACACACACAGUAAUUGCCAAACACAUGAGCAGAAUCACACUGGGGAGAAACCUUAUGUAUGUAAACAGUGUGGGAAAGCUUUCAGCACACAGGGUAAUUGUAAAA